AUGAUGGAAAAUUCAAGUCUUCAAACCACUAUUGCUUUUUUAGGAGCAACAGGGCGAACCGGUAGCGCUACACUUGGACCGCUCCUCGCAAAUAAGGACAAGCACGUACAACUACGAACAUACGUACGGUCCAAAGCCAAGCUCCUCCGCCUGCUUCCGGAGAUAGAAAAUGAUUCAUCCGUCGAGAUACGCGAGGGUCAGCUGGACAAUGUCAAGAACCUGACAGAAUGUUUUCGCGGAGCCAGUAUCAUCAUCUGCACCGUGGGGGAAAAUCAAAACAUUCCCGGUCUGUGUACACUCCAGGGCGCCGCAAGAUGUAUUGUCGCUGCCCUCACCACUCUACAAGAGGAAGAUGAGAACUGGUCCAAGCCUCGCUUCAUCAUGCUCUCUGCCGCCCCCGAGAACCCGCGGUUCCGAGCCGCGAUGCCGGCGCCCGUUCUGUGGCUGCUCCAUACGGCAUUCUACUACUCGUACGCCGAUCUGUCGGCCGCUCAGGAUAUACUCGCGGCUGCGCCUCAGCUCAUGUCCCUACUGCUCGUCCAGCCUCCAGGAAUCGUAGAGGACGAACCCACUGGACACGAAAUCUCAACCGAGUCGGUCAGAAAGACUGUGACGUAUGCGGAUCUGGGCAGUGCCUUUGCCGAGCUGGCCCUAGAAAGAGCCUACGAUGAGCUUCAUGCCGUCGGCGUCUCUAGCAAAGGCGGUGAUGUAUCGGGGAAAUACGAAUUUGAGCUGCUGUCAAGGAUGGUCAUAGGUCUUUUUGCCGGCUAUAUGCCCGGAUAUUGGCCCGCUAAACGCUUCAUAGAUCGAAUUCGCGGCGCUCUUGGCUGGUAG